AAUCACAGCGCCCCGUUGCGUUCGAGCGCGUGUGGCGAAGCGAGGAGGCGGAUCGCGGCAAAGGGGAAGCUGGACAAGAUCGGAGUAUCAGAGAGAGAUCAUUGAACCGCGGGAGCGAGGAACGCGAGGAGUCGCGACUCGACGAGGGAGAGAUCUGUCGACCUGCGCUUAGCCCACGGCUGCAACGUACCUUGACUGCACGUCGCGUGUUUACCUGGACUCUGGACUCCAGAUUGCUAGUUCGCAAUCCGCUGGAUUAAUAUAUUCGUAAACAAUGGAUGACUCUCCACUGCAAAAAGUGGAGCUGCAAACAGACGUCUACAUGGUGUGUUUGCAGCAUGCAUUAUCCACAGAGAACUUUGAAGUAAUGGGUUUACUUAUCGGUAACUUUGCUUGUGGAGUAGCAAAAAUAUCAGCUGUUAUUAUUUUGCGACGUCUAGAUAAGAAGAAAGACAGAGUAGAAAUUUCAUCAGAACAAUUACUAAAAGCUGCUGCCGAAGCCGAACGAUUAACCGUAGAAUUAAAUCGACCUAUGCGUGUCCUUGGCUGGUAUCAUUCGCAUCCACAUAUUACAGUUUGUCCAUCACACGUUGAUGUCAGAACUCAAGCUACCUAUCAAACAAUGGAUCACAGUUUUGUAGGCUUAAUAUUCUCAGUGUUUUCAGAGGGCAAAGAAUCAAAAGAACACGAAAUCUUCUUAAAUUGUUUUCAAUCAGAUAAUGGUGAAGCUACAGAGAUACCAUUAGAGAUAGUACAUACUCCAGAUAUUUCAGAUAGAUGUUUAAGAACAAUGACAGACCUGUCAAAAAUUUUGGUGCAAGAAGAAGAAGAUAUGGCUGAAGCCUGUAAAGAUCAUCCAGAUGUCCUCGCCAGUAUUCACAAUGACGCUGUCAGGACACGUGCGUUAGUUCACAUAACAGAUAUCAUUACAAAGCCUUUGGUACAAACGUUUGAAAAAAGAAUAGCGUUAAAUAAAUCGCGUAGUAUACAUCUCCGAAGACAACUACAAGAAUUACAAAAGAUGUGCAGUGGAUAAAAAUACUUUUUCGGAAUCAAUAAUUUCUUACAAAUGAAUAAUUUGUUUGCUCUUUAAAUAAUAAGCUCUUAUG